AUGACACCAGAAGAUACUAGUAACACUGUUGCGCAAUUGCUGCUGAAUUUGUAUGCAGAAGUGCUCCUGAUCUCUGAAGAUCAGAUUGGUCCUGAAGAUUCAUUUAUUGGACUUGGCGGUGAUUCUUUCAAAGCUAUCAAGCUGAAGCGAAAAUGUGAUCAACUCGGCAUUCGCCUCUCGCUCCGGGAAAUAUUAGCCCGGAAAAGCAUUGCCAGCUUAUCAGCGGGACAAGUUUACCCAGCUGGCAGACAGAAGCGCCCUAAGAAGGUCAAGCAAAAGACACGCGCGCGCUUGGGCAAAGGACGCCAUGAAAAAUUCAAUCUUAUGCCACAGGACUACGCUUGGGACCUGAUUUUGGAGGGACUCGGAUUUCAGAAUUCGAUAUGGAGUACGGAAGCAUUAGACCUAGUCGAAAACGUGUAUCCAUGUAGCCCUAUGCAAGAGAGCAUCUAUGUGGCGAGAGAAACCAAGGGGAAGCAACUCUAUCGAAUCCACGAGCUUUUCGAAUUGGGUCCCUGCAUGACACUUGACAAGCUGGAAUCGGCUUGGCACUCGGUUGUCGACCUGCAUGAGAGCUUGCGCACAAUAUUUGUGCCCUCCACGGAUGUUGGAUCCUCCAGGUUACUCGAUGCCGUGGUUCUCAAGAGGCGGCAACGCUGCGAUGUUGAACGGAUUAAGUGCAGUGAUCAUGAUGCCGUAAUCGCCGACUUUGAAGAGAGUUGCUUCAACCCUCAAGACAUUCAGGGCCCGCCUCAUCGACUUACAAUAUACUGCACCGAGGACGGCCGGCAAUUUUGCCAGUUAGACUUGAAUCAUAUGAUUAGCGAUGGAUCAUCGCUUAUAAACAUAGUCAACGAGAUCUGCACCCUCGCGAAUGGUUCGGUGCUUAGCCCAGUACCCGGAUACAGCAGUGUUGUCAAAUAUAAUCAGUCAGCGCAGCUUUCGGACGAGAGUUUAUGCUACUGGAAGUCAUAUCUCGAUGGGAUAAAGUCCUGUAACUUUCCAUCCCUCUCGAUAGAAACUCAGGUGGCAGAGCAGAACGUCCCAGAUCGCUACCAAGUUGUAGAGAUCCCUUUCAAUAGACACAAAGAUCUGAGUGAGUUUUGUGCUAAGAUGGAAAUUACGAUGUCAACUGCCCUUCAGGCUGCAUGGGCUAUUCUCCUUCGAGCUUACACGGGAAACGAAGAAGUCUGCUUCGCCUAUACAGCCUCGGGACGCGACAUCGCUGUUGAUGGUGCUGAUAAAAUCUGUGGACCACUCGUCAACCUCGUUCUUCGUCGAGCCACCCUUCUUGAGGCCACGAGUAUCAAAAGCACGGUCGACACAAUCCAACAGGAUUAUGUCAACUCUUUACAACACCAGUCAGUCCCAUUUAUGCACGUACAGCAGCUUUUCAAGACCACAGAGAAAAUGUUCAAUACAAUCUUGACUGUGCAAUAUGCGCCAUUGCUCGUUGAUGAAAAUAAGAGUAUGCCAUUGAGGCGGAUUACUAGCUUCAAUGCGACAGAGUUCCUAUCUAUCCACGUUACGUAUUCGGAUACCGUUAUAAAGACGAAGUUGACGUAUCCUACUAAGAUGCUCUCUACAAUUAUGGCAGAACGAGUGAUGAAGACCUUUCUCUCAAUUAUAGACCAUAUUCUAGAUGCGACUGAUGUUGAUGUUCCGAUUGGCCGACUUGGGCAGGUCAGUUCUUCGGACCUGCAACAGGUAAUGGAGUGGAAUACGGAAACCUUGAACGCGGCUGAUCAAUACCAUCCUAAUACUACGGCCACGGUGCACGGGUUAAUCGAGGCAGCAACUAUUCGUGCGCCUAAUUCGCCUGCCAUCUAUUUCUCGGGGGAGACAUUCAGCUAUGAUGACUUGAAUACUAUGUCCACCACUCUGUCCCAGCAGAUACUUAAGUCUUCAAGCGACAAGCAAAGUUUUAUUCCCUUGUUAUUCGAAAAGUCGCCCAUAUUCUCGAUUGCGUUACUAGCUGUCAUGAAGUCGGGAAAAGCUUUUGUUCCAAUAGAUAUUUCAAGCCCACCAGACCGAAUACGACAACUCUUCGAACAACUAGGAAUCACCUCAUCUGCUGGUCUCGUCAUAUGUUCCGAGGGUAUGUCGGACCAAGUGCGAUCGCUUUGCCAAGAGAUUUUAGCACCCAGUCUCACUGGUUUGCAGGCAGAGAUCACCCAACCACAAACUCAAAACAUAUCCGCUCUGUUGCCAGUCGUGCAUCCAAGCGACCCAGCAUACCUCAUCUUCACUUCUGGAUCUACAGGUACCCCUAAAGGCGUCACUAUUAGCCAUAGCGCUUAUGUGCAUGCAUCAAGACAUCACGCUUCCGGAAUACAGAUUGAUCCAAGCUCCCGUGUGUUGCAGUUUGCGUCGUAUUCCUUUGAUACAAGCAUGGAAGAUCACCUAACAAGUCUCAUCGUCGGCGCUUGUCUCUGUGUUCCCAAAGAAAUUGAAAGGGACACUGCCUUGGUAGAGUUUAUAAAUACAUCAGGCGCUAACUGGGUUCACAUCACCCCUUCUAUGAUGGUUAUGAUACCGCCGGUCUCGGUGCCUAAACUGAGGACCGUAGUACUGGGAGGCGAAGCCAUGACAACUGAGAAUGUAACGGAAUGGGCAAUCCCAGGGAGGCGCCUGGUGCAAGUCUACGGGCCUUCCGAGUGUUCCGUAACAAGUACAAUCAAUCCUGACGUCUCUAGACGACGCGAUCCCACUAACAUAGGGAGGGCUUUUGCUGGCUGUGCGACUUGGAUCACUGACGUGAAUAACCCGAAUAUUCUCUGUCCUAUAGGAUCCAUUGGAGAGUUGCUAAUGGAAGGUCCGAUUCUUGCGCAAGGGUAUUUGGGUCUUAAAUCUGUCACGGACUCCGCCUUUAUCACAAAUGCCGUCUGGCGGCCAGGGACACGCCUUUAUCGAACAGGAGAUUUGGUCCGAUACGAUGAGACUGGAGAUCUACACUUUGUGGGAAGAACCGACAGCAGAGUUAAAAUCCGGGGGCAAAGGAUCGAAUGCGGCGAGAUAGAAAGCCAAUUGAGGAAGAAAAGCUCAGUUCGUCAUGCCGUCGUCGUAGUUCCCAAGUCCGGUCCUGGGAAAGAUCGUCUAGUAGCCGUUGUGUCGAUGAAACUCGGCGAAAGCAACACACAUCCCGAGCCGGCAAGCGGCGACAUACAGUUGGAAGACGUGGAAGCUGUGAAAACAACUGAAACCCCAAGGAGUCUUCAGGACUGGUUGACAAACCAAUUACCAGCUUAUAUGAUCCCUGAUCUUUUUAUUCUUGUCCGUAGCAUACCCAUGAAUUCUUCUAAGAAGCUAGACAGGAAGCAGGUUUUCCGCUACCUAGAAAAUCUCAGCCAGGAGUCUUACAAAGCUCUCUUCAGUCGGAUGGAUGAAGAGACUCAAGACCGUCCGGGCACCGACUUGGAACAUUCAAUAAAGCGUGUAUGGUGUCGUGUGUUGAAUGUAUCUGAAAGUGCGGUCAAUUGGAAUACGUCUUGGUUCUUCUCUGGGGGUGACUCGAUCUCAGCCAUGAUGUUGAGUAGUGAACUGAGAAAGGAGUCUAUUAAAAUACCUGCAUCAGAUAUCCUUCGACUGCGUAAUAUCGAACGUAUCGUAGUCCAUAUCCAAGAGACAGUUGUCAACGACGGAGACGCGAAAUUUCGCAAUGUCGACUUCGGUAAGACUGACGUCGACACGUCGUGGGAUUUAUCACCAAUCCAGCAGCUCAGCUUCCAGUUUCACUCCGAUGGAGACCACUUUGACCAACAGACAAUGGUUGUCGACACAAGCUUAACCAUAUCUGAUGAAGCUAUCAUUGCGGCGCUCGAUGCCGUCGUAAAGUCACAUCCGAUGUUACACGCUAACUUUAUUCGAGAAUCGUCUGCUGGGGCUCAGGUCUGGAAACAACGUGUAGUACCUAUUCCCCCUACUGGAUCAGCAUAUAUAAUUCGGUUUCAUCAAGACACUAGUACCAAUUUCAAGCUCAGAUCUAUGUCUGAAACCAAAGCAAGGAUUGACUUGAUUAAGGGGCCGAUGAUGGGGGUAGACAUCUUCCGGUCUGCCUCUUCGGCCACAAUUUCCAUCAGUGUACAUCAUUUGGUCGUAGAUAUGGUGUCGUGGAGGAUCAUUUUCCAAGAACUCGAGGACGUUGUCACAGAGCAGCGUUCCAUCCCACCUGAACCGAUCUCCUUUCAAUCAUGGUGUCAAGUGCAGAAUAUUUAUGCACAGAGCAUCCAAACGUCGCGAGUCUUGCCCGAAGACAAGCUCGAGGUGGAUAUAAGUUACUGGUCUAUGGAGAAACUUCCUAAUCUUUUUGGAGAUGCCAUAACGACAACAUUUGAGAUUGGAAGUUCAGACACGGCAGAUUUAUUAGACAUAUGCAACAAAUUGGAAUACAGUGUUGUGGAUGUUCUAUGCGCAGCAAUAACAACCUCGUUCUCGAAAACGUUCCAAACACGUUCCUCUCCCGUAAUAUUCGUCGAAGGUCAUGGAAGGGAGUCACCUAGUGGCAGUAUUGACCUUUCUCGAACAGUGGGUUGGUUCACAACAUUCGCCCCAGUUGCAGUGCGUGUACCACACGAUAAGGAGUUGAGCGACAUAGAGACACUCGACCAGAUCAAGAAUUUCAGGGAAGCUACACCAUCUAAGGGUCUCGAUUACUUCACCUGCCGCUUCCUAUCACAAGAAGGGUCUACUAAAUAUCGUGAAAGCCAUGCUCACGCAGAAAUCGUCGUCAAUUUCCUAGGAAUGUACCAGCAAUUCGAACGCUCUAGUUCAGCGUUCAAACGUAGCAACGAUCCUGAGCUCCUUUUAGGUCUUUCGGCAAUGCGCCGCGAGCAGCGGAAGAAAUCAGAGAGAUAUAGCCUGAUCUCGAUAGUCGCCAUGAUUAAGAAUGGCUCGUUGAGUGUCGAGAUCGAAUGGAAUAAGCACAUGAGAUUCCAAAGCGAAUUGACCUCGUGGCCACUUAAGAUUCAGGACGAUAUGUUGCUGCUGAUCCGGGAUCUAACUCGCAUUUCUUCUUCUUUACGAAGCAUGCCCGCCCCUCAAAGUGACGUUAUUUGCUUCGGGGUCGAUAGGCAGAAGACAUUAGCUAAGAUUACAGGGCUAGGCUUGCGACCGCAUGGAAUUGAGAGCAUGUACCCGUGCUCGCCCAUGCAGCAAGGGUUGAUGGCGAGUCUCUUGAGGGAUUCGGGCACAUCCUCAGCGUAUAAUCAGACUUUUCUCCUGAAAAUCAACCCCACCAAAGGAAGCGUGGUCAAGAGUGAGCAAGUUGUCGAGAGCUGGCGACGGACAGUUCAAAGACAUGCAAUUCUACGAACCAUCUUUGUGGAAACUGAUGUAGGAGACUACUCGCAGGUUGUCCUGCAUCAUGCUGAUCCAGUCGUACAAAUCAAGGACGGCGCUAGCGUUGAAGACCUCAGAACCACGUUGUUCGAGACCGAGAACCAAUCGUUGAACUCCCCCCUGGACGGAGUUCCUUUGCACCGCAUCCUGGUAUGCGAAGCAACUGAUAAAUCAACAUACAUGUUACUUACUAAGAGCCAUCUUCUUACUGACGGCACGAGCACCCAAAUUCUCAUUCAAGACUUGGCUCAAGGCUGUGGCGGAGUUGAGAUGCACGAUAAACCCCAAAAUCACUAUCUCGAUUACGUCCGUUACGUGACCAAUCAAGAUAAAGACCUUGAAAAGAGUUACUGGGCUAGCUAUCUAAGAAGUGCCGCCCCAUGCAACUUUCCAAGACUCUCCUAUGCAAGCGAUGACCCUAAUGCUAAGGUCUCUCACUCGAGCGUAACUUUGCAACUACAUGCUCCCGAAGCUGAUGUUAAGCAGUUGUGCCGCAACCAUGACCUCACAACUCCCAGUAUCUUUCAGCUUGCAUGGACACUGGUUUUACGGACCUACCUGAACUCCGAAGAUAUCCUCUUUGGGUUGUUGUCCUCGGGCAGAGAUCUCCCUGUUGCUGGCAUCCAGAAAGCCGUUGGGCCAGUUGCCAAUAUGCUCGUAAUGAGGAGCAACAUACGAUCGAAUAUGAAAACCAUCGAUGUGGCGAAAGGUUUGCAGGCAGACUAUAUUGAACAUCUAUCACGGCAGACGCUUCCCCUUUCGCAGGUCCUACAUGCGGCUAGGGAAGGGAAUCGGGCUGUUAGCUUUAAUACCAUUCUAAAUAUCCAAAAGGCAGAGGGAUUGAUCGACCAGCCGACAAGUGAAGACUUUCAGAUAGAAUUUGUAAAGUCGAUCGAUACUACGGAGUACGGGCUUGCUAUGACGGUCCUGGAAAGCCAAAAUCAGUACAAGCUUUCUUUGGAGUACGAGACGGGCUUAAUAUCUCCUAAAAUGGCAGAUGCAGUCGCUUCAACAUUUGCAGGAGUCGUUAGGAGCGUUAUUGCCAACCCUGAGUGUCUUGUCGGAGAUUUAGAUCUUGUUGGUGAUAAUGACCGAGAACAAAUUCAGAAGUGGGACAUCAAUAAUUUCCAGACCAAGAACGAAUGUGUUCAUCGGCUCUUCCAGGCUACAGCACUGAGCAUGCCAGAGAAGCAUGCUAUUCACUCGUGGGAUGGUAGCUUAACAUAUGGUGAAUUGGAGGCUUUGACUAGCAAACUAGCACGGAGGUUGCUUGAUCUCUCUGUUCAGCCUGAAGAAAUCAUUCCACUCUGUUUUGAGAAGUCUGUUUGGGGUAUUGUGGCAAUGCUCAGUGUCAUAAAAGCUGGUGCAACAUUUGUCCAUAUUGAUCCAUCAAGUCCGGCGUCUCGAAAGCAACAAAUUACCAGAAUUACCAACCCUCGAUUAGCACUGGUAUCGUCCAAUACCCGAGAGGUCAUACAAUCAUUAGUGCCACACACGCUUAUAGUUGAUCACGAUACACUUGCAGAAAACGGGGAUGUGACAAAUCCACCGGCAUCUAUUGCCAUUGAUAGCCGCGUAGAUCCGUCAAACGCCCUUUACAUCAUAUUCACUUCUGGCAGCACAGGAGAGCCGAAAGGUGUGGUCAUUGAGCAUCGAAACUUCUGCUCAGCCAUGGCGGCGAACUCAGACUGGCUGCAGAUCCUUCCUUCAUCCCGCCUUCUUCAAUUCAGUAGCUUCGUUUUUGAUGCAUGCAUGGAGGAGAUACUUACAGCCUUAGUCGUCGGCGCCUGCGUUUGUGUACCGUCCGACGACGAUCGGAUGAGCCCAGAGAGACUUACCUCCUUCAUUCAGGAAGCUGGCGUCAAUUGGGCUGCCUUGACGCCAUCAUUUCUGCAAACUCUUAACCCAGAUAACGUGGUUCCUCCUUUGAAAUUUAUUACAGUGCACGCCGAGGCAAUGAAUGCCUCACUAACUAGGCUUUGGAGUCCACGAGUUCAUAUGCGCCCGAGUUACGGUCCGACCGAAUGCACGGUUACCAGCACGGUCGGGGCCGCCUUUUCCGAAUUCUCUGACCCUUCUAACAUAGGUUGGCCUGUCGGUUGUCAUGGACGAGUCACCGAUCCGCAGAAUCCUGAGAAAUUGAUGCCCAUCGGAGCAAUUGGUGAAUUGACUCUAGAAGGGCCGAUCCUCGCCCGUGGUUACUUCAAUCGACCGGCUGAGACUGAGAAGGCCUUUCCCAAUAUCGAGGAUUGGUUCGAUGGUAGACCAAAGAAAGUUUAUCGCACUGGAGAUCUGGUACGCUAUGCUGAUGAUGGAUCGCUGAGGAUUUUAGGACGGCGAGAUGCGCAAAUCAAAGUUCGCGGUCAGCGAGUUGAGCUCGGAGAGAUACAGAGCCAACUCGAUCUAUCUCCCGAAAUUCAUCAUUCUAUGGUGAUGCAGCCAAAGUCUGGCGUUCUAGGAUCUCGAUUAGUCGUAGUUUUAAGUCUUACUCAGCUGCGUCAUACGCCUCGAUCACGGAGCCGAACGAUUCGGCUAGUCAAUGACCCGGAAGUACUGAACAAAGCCGAUCAUUCAUCGGUAUCGGAAGCUUUAAAAGAAAUUCGGUCGUUUGUUUCAGCCAAACUACCAUCUUACAUGGUCCCCAAUACCUGGUGCGUUGUAGAAGACAUACCAACCUUAGCUUCGUUCAAAUUGGACAGGAAACUGGUGAAUCAAUGGCUAGAGACAAUGGACGAAAAAACCUUGCUACUUACUCGACAAUUGAUGAGCAGUUCAAGAGGAUCAGGUUCCGGGACUGACACCGAAGCUGAAAAGCUGGUAAGGUCUGCUUGGUCACAAGUUUUAGCAAUCCCAGGUGACCUUAUCGACAAAGACGAUCAUUUCAUCGCACUUGGGGGUGAUUCAAUCUCGGCAAUGAACGUUUCUCGCUUCUUGAGCCAAGCAGGCUCACCUGUGAAAACUCAGGACGUACUAAGAAGCAACAGCAUUCGGGAACUCGCGUUGGCACUUGAGACUUGGGAAGCAAAGGACCUAACUACUGAUGUGCGGUCGAGGAAUCAACCUAGAGGGUCUAGAAAGGCGCUGUCCGUCGAUGAAGUUUUGUCCGAGUAUGGAUUCGACCCGGCUAGUAGAUCCAAGAUCUUAUCCGUACAUCAAAGCACACCUUUCCAGUCGAGAACAACUUCUUCUCUUCACACCUUACCUUGGAGACCGUAUCUCUACAACUUGUUCGCGGAAAUAGGAGGUUAUCAACUACCCGACAAGAAUCCCGACCCCGAACGACUCCUAAGCGCCUGGAAAGCAACAGUAGCGAGGCAUGCUAUUCUUCGUACCGCUAUACCCUUUACCAAAGAUGGCAGUGCUGCUUAUCAAUUCAUUUUGAAUGAAUCAGCUGCAGCCUGUGGGGUGUUUGAGGUUGCUACAGAAGAAAUGGCCCUCAAAGCGAGCAUUGAGAAGACAGAGCAUGUGAGAUCAAGCCUCUCAUCGACAACACUAACACCUCCACUAUGGCUAGAUCUCUACGUUACCUCAACCAAGCAAGUAUACAUGCACCUGCUGAUGGGCCACAUGUUAAUUGACCAUGUUUCGCUGGCACAUGUUCUCUAUGAUUGGGACGUGUUUUAUCGCGGCGCUUCAUCGCUUCUCACGGAUGUAGGCCGUCUUCCCCGAUUUGCAAGUUAUCUUGAUGACGUAGAGUCGCGAGAUCUGGGAGCCAGCACAGGGUUCUGGACCCGAAAAUUGCGCCGGGCCAAACCGACAAUUCUUGGGUCAGGAUCCAGGUCAGCUGAUCAUGGUGCGAAACCCGCCCAUGGGGCCGACGCGAUGUCUGUAGUCAGAUUCAGAAUAGAUAUUGAUGCCGCGGUGGAUCAAUACUGCCGCAACGCGCGUGUCACGGUGUCGACAUUAUUGCAAUUUGCUUGGGCCAUAUUGCUGAGUGCUUACACGGGGCAGACGUCGGUCUGUUUUGGGCACCUUGCUUCGGAUCGGGAUGUUGAUAUUCCUGACGCUGACGAAAUAGUAGGUCCAAUGCUGACAGUUUUAGUCGCACAAGUAGAUCUGGAAAGUCCGAUCCAAGAAGCUAUUUGUAAAUUACAGGACGACAAUACCGACAGCAUGACACAUAAGGUCUUUGACCUAUCGGCAGUCGAACGUAACCUCGGACUCCAACUGCCAGAAAGUCCGCUUUUCAAUACGCUCGUGAACUAUCGCAAGGUCAAACGGUCAGGGCCGGAACCGGUCAUGAAGCUGCGGUCAAUCUUGAAGCAGGAUCCCCACGAGCAACAAAUCAUCCUUAGCUUCAACGAGCUUCCAGAUGCGGCCGUCCUCGAUGGCGCACUGACUCUCUACAAUUGGGGACACUCGGGUCUCGAGGUGCAGAAAAUGGCAGAUGUGUAUGCAGCAAUCCUGGCCCUUGUGGUUAGUGGAGAAUGCCAAGCAGCGGACGAACUCGCUAGUCUUGUCACAAGCCUUGACACGAGGUGA